UCCUCUAUCCCUCUGUCCUCUGGAUGAGCAGCAGCAGCAGGGCUCUAAGUCGGAUGCCUCUCCCAUCGACCUGGAGGAGCAGCACCCCUCCUCCCUCUCCUCCGGCUAUCUUCCUGCUCGCUCCUCCCUCUCCAGAGCCCUCCCUCCUUCCUUCACUUUCUAACCCCCUUGCUCCCUCUCCUCCUCCUCCUCUCCCCUCAGCUGUAGAUGCCCUCCUCACUUACACUAUGGACUCGGGAGGGGAAGGAGAAGAGGGUUGGAUGGAGGACCAGUGGGAGAAAUGGUUGACCCAUGACAUCAGCCUGGAUGAGUUUGAAGAUGACGACCUGUCAGAGAUUACAGAGAUCACAGAUGAGUGCGGGAUGAGCCUCAACUGCAAUGGCCCAGAUAUAAAGGGCCAUGUGAGGCGAGGAACCAAUAGCAUAUCAGGGAGGGCAGAGCUGGGUGCCGUCGGCCAGUUUCAGGCAGAGAUGCUGCAUUUGGAACUCAUCGACGGUGCUGACGGUUACCACAGUGACAAAGAGUCCUCGAAGGCAUCCGCCAUCGCACCACUGCCAAUCACCAAGGACCCUGCAGCACCUGUUACCAUGGAUACCUACCGGCCCAAGAGACCCACAACCCUUAACCUCUUCCCAAUUGUGCCGCGCACACAGGACACAUUAAACAACAACUCCUUUGGGAAGAAAUACAGUUGGCAGGAGAAGGUUUCAGGCUCGUCCUCGCCUCUUAAAACAGGUAAACUCACCCCUCCACGUGAACACAGCUGUCUGAGCGACGAGGACAAGGUGCAGGGCGGGGGAGCACAGACCAAAGACCGUGGGACUUCCACUGACGCCCCCUGCAGACACAGCCACACCUCUGGACACUCUGCAACAGCUGCGACUCGCUCCAAGCUUCAGGAGAAGCCGCCCGCGCCACCCCCACCACAGAACUAUACACCAGCUCCUCUAAACCCAGCAAGGAAGGCGGAUGGAGGUGGGCACCACCGGGAGAGGAUCCGCUACCACACAGACGUUCAUAUAGAACCCACAGAGGAGAUUUAUCUAACUCCUGUGCAGCGUUCUGCCGACCCUCUAGACCCUCCCAACGUGCAGGACCGGCCUUUCCUCUCGCAGCAGACUGAGCAGGGCCGCAUGUCCAUCAGCUCCGACACAGAGGGCCCACCUCCAUACCAGCCCCUCCCAGACCGGACAAACCCCUCUAUCUAUGAGGAGGACGAGGUAUAUGUCCUCCCACCUUCAUAUACUUCCUGUGUAGAGUCCAUCAUCACACCACCCAGCAUGGCUCACUCAGCCCGCUCCUCCCUCACGCUGGACCUCAGCCUGAAGGGGGCAGGAACCGGGGCCGGGGUCAUGCUGAGACCCGGAUCAUCUGUGGAGUACGUUGACGCCACAGAUGAAAGCUACUGCGGGGAAGAUGAGGAUGUGGACAGGAUAAUAAUGGAUGAAAGUUUGGGGAAAGGGGGAGAAAAUGGGGGAGGAAAGGAUGGAGUAAAGAGGGAGGGCGGUGGCAAGAGAGUCCCACCAAGGACUUCCAUGAGCUCGGAGGCCAGCGGCCUUUCUUAUGACUCGGUAAAAUACACACUAGUGGUGGAUGAGCACGCUCAGCUAGAACUGGUCAGCCUCCGGCAAUGUUACCAAGGCUACAGUGACGACAGCGACUCAGCCACCAUCUAUGACAACUGCGUCUCUUCUCCCUACGAGUCUGCCAUAGGGGAGGAGUACGAGGAGGAAGAUGAGGACGAUGAGGACGGCAUUCAGAUAGGAGGAGUGAGGAGAGAGGCCACGGCUUGUCUGUCUGAAGACUCCACUCCAGAGGUCGACCUGCACUUCUCCAAGAAGUUCCUCAACGUCUUCAUGAAUGGGCGCUCUCGCUCUUCCAGUGCCGAGUCCUUUGGCCUAUACUCUUGUCUCAUAAAUGGAGAGGAGAGGGAUCAGAGCCACAGAGCCGUCUACAGGUUUGUCCCUCGUCAUGACGAUGAGUUGGAGCUGGAGGUGGAUGAUCCGUUGCUGGUGGAGGUCCAGUCAGAGGAUUACUGGUACGAGGGCUACAACAUGCGAACUGGUGCCCGUGGGAUCUUCCCCGCUUAUUACGCUAUAGAGGUGAACAAGGACACGGAGAGCUACAAAGUGAAAAGCAGUGAAUGGAUGGAGAGAUACCGGCUGAAGUUUCUGGGCUCAGUUCAAGUGCCCUUCCACAAAGGAAACGAUGUUCUGUGUGCAGCAAUGCAGAAGAUUGCAACCAACAGAAGGAUGACAGUCAAGUACAACCCGCCUUCCUCCUGCAUCCUGGAGAUCAGUGUGAAAGGCAUCAAGCUUGCAGUUCAAGAGGAUUAUUAUGCCUGUGACAGAAGUAAUGAGUGCAGUCACUUCUUCCAGUUAAAGAACGUCUCCUUCUGUGGCUAUCAUCCGAAAAAUAGCAAGUAUUUUGGUUUCAUUACUAAGCAUCCCGCAGACCAGAGGUUUGCCUGCCAUGUGUUUGUGUCUGAAGACUCCACCAAACCUCUUGCAGAGUCAGUAGGGAAAGCCUUCCAGUUGUACUAUAAAGAGUUUGUGGAGUUCUCAUGCCCGACAGAGGACAUCUACCUGGAAUAGCCCUGCCCUGCCUUCAACCACAGCCCUGUACAGUACACUGUAUCAUAAGAUAAUAUUGCAUGAAGGACAGCCAUCUAAAAAAAAGAAGAAAAGAAUAAAAAAUUAACACAUCUGACAAACAAGCAGGAAAAGAAGGAUCAAGUAUUGGAUGAAACCUGCAAUGUGAAAACCUCUGUGCAGUAAAGAAGAGAUGAAAAUGAGCCAAAGGAGGAGUGUCUUGAGAAAAGAAAAUAUGCAAAAUGGAGUCAAUGAUGAGGACGGUGACCGCAGGUUGUCCAUGGAAAGCACAAACCUUAUAUCACCGCAGCCUUGGCAGCACUAGUUAGCCUGUAGCGUCAUCUCAGCAGGUGCAACACUGAAAGCCCAGGAGCCUUACUGGACUGCACCAGCUUGUAUUUGCACCUGACACAAAAAAAACAGCUGAGAUUUGGAAACAGGAUGAGUUUCUUUGACUUUAAAUAUUUAGGAUAUGAGCUUUGAGGGAGGUGUAUAUUUACUAAAUUACAUCAUCACACUGAAAAUCUACACUAAGUGAAACAAAUCCAUGUAGGAGCAGUGACCUUUAUCCUUUCAGCACACCUGAUAUAAAGGUGAUAUUCACAUUGUUCGAUCCACCCUAAAAAACUGUUAUAAAACCAGCUACAGGUGAUGUUCUUUGCAUUCUUGGGUCCCUUUUAGGUGACAGGUAUCGAGCCGAACCUCGUUGUCAAAUCCAGACAACUUGAUCAGCUGUUUGACAGAAGAAAAUAUUCUAUCUACCUGGAACACUGAUGAAAAACAGCAGGUUAUGGUG